UGAGACAUUUCUCUAAUGAACAGGGAAACCUGCCAACAACCCCUUAAGAACAUCAGUCUGAUCAACACGAUCUUCCAUCCUCGGGAGAGAAAAGGGGUUUUGUCGCUGCAUUCGUUCUUUCGGAAAUCAGUGGAAUCUGGUAUACUGGCCAAGAGACCGGGACAAGCGCGUUGAGAUAAAGAGAGUCCAGCGAUACCAUCUUCCCACAUGGAGGACACUUGGGACAGGAUGGAGACCCAGAGCCAGGUCGUGGACAGGUUGCGGUCGGUGUUUCGUUCGGGCAUCACGAUACCAGUGGAGUUUCGCUUGACUCAGCUGAACAAGCUCAUGUCCAUGAUCCAAGAGAACGAGGAGCAGAUUUUAAAGGCACUACACGAAGACCUCGCAAAGCCAAAAUUUGAGGCCAUCAUGUCCGAGGUCGAUAUCGUGGUCAACGAGCUGUACUUUGCCAUCGCUAACUUGACAAGCUGGAUACAGCCGGAGUACGUCAGCAAAAACCUGGCCACAAAGCUAGAUGACUGUUUUGUACGGCGGGAGCCGCUGGGAGUGGUGCUGAUCAUCGGGCCGUGGAACUACCCGCUGCAUCUCCUUCUCCUACCUUUGGUUUCAGCCAUUGCUGCAGGAAACUGUGCCGUCAUCAAGCCUUCAGAGGUCAGCGCCCACACAGACCGUCUGAUGGCAGAGCUCAUAACCAAAUAUUUGUCUCAGGACUGUUACACAGUUGUUCGUGGUGCAGCAGAGGAGACCACGACACUUCUGCUGAAUCGCUUUGACCACAUCUUCUACACAGGUUCUCAGACUGUGGCACGCAUCAUCAUGCGGGCUGCCUCAGUCCACUUGACCCCGGUGACCUUGGAACUGGGUGGCAAGUGUCCGUGCUUCAUAUACGGCCGGGUGGACAUCGCGGCCGCUGCUCGCCGCUUGGUGUGGUCAAAGUAUUUCAACGCCGGCCAGAGCUGCGUAGCUCCGGACUACGUGCUCUGCUCGCCUGACACGAGGGACGCCCUGCUGCCCGCACUGCGCCAGACCCUGGAGGAAUUCUACAGCAAGGAGCCUCAGACCAGCCCCGACAUGUCUCGCAUCGUGUCGCCCCGACACUGGACUCGACUGAUGGAGCUGCUCAAGAGGUCCGCUGGCAAGGUUGUGGUGGGAGGAGAGAGCGACCAGGAAGACAAGUACAUAGCUCCCACAGUGCUGGUGGACGUGGCCGAGGACGACGCCCUGAUGGCGGAGGAGAUCUUCGGCCCCAUCCUGCCCAUCCUCACCGUGGAGUCUCUGGAGGAAGGCAUCGCCUUAAUCAACCGCCAAGAGAAGCCGCUGGCCCUCUACGUCUUCUCCGACGAGUCAUCUGUGGUAAACACCGUUCUGGAGAAGACCAGCAGUGGAGGAUUCUGCUCUAAUGACGGGAUCAUCCACAUGUGCCUGCCGACCCUGCCCUUCGGAGGUGUAGGGACAAGCGGAUAUGGCAGCUACCACGGCCGCUGGGGCUUCGAGACAUUCAGCCACCGGCGGGCCUGCAUGCUUCGUGGCUGGGCUCUGGAGAGACUCAACGGUCUGCGCUACCCGCCGUACACAGAAACCAAAUUGAGCUGGCUGCGCUGGACCACCUCGGCCAAGAGCAGCUGCUCGCUCAUGUGAUAACGGGCUGUGUGUGCGUGUGUGUGUGUGUGUGUGUGUGUGUGUGUGUGAAGAUGACGCUUUUUAAUACUGUGCGUAUGGAUGUGAAUGUUUGGGACAUUCAACUAGAAACGGGAUUAAUCCUACUUUAAUAUCCAUCUGAUAUGUUGGGAAGUUGUCAUUAUUGUUAAAGGAAGAUUUUAUAUCUUCAGUGCUUUAAGAAUAUAUCCAAACUCUGUAUUUUCUCCCAACUGCGAAAAAAAAUCCCAUUUUUUUCUCAUAUUGUUAUGUAUUCUGGUUAAUGCAAUUAUUUUACGAAUAAAACCAUUUAAAUUUG